AUGCCUCCCCUUCCGACUAUCAUCACCUCUCUCGCCAUUUUGUGGCUCUCAUUUCGCCUUAUCCGUCGUCGUCUGUUUCCAACUGCCCUCGAGAGAAUUCGUGGUCCACCUGGAGAGUCGUGGAUCACAGGAUCUCUCAGCCAAUUGCAGCAUCAUAAAGCCUGGAAUUUUCACCAGCAUAUUGUCGAUACAUAUGGGAGCGUCGUGAGGACUAAGGGUGCAUUCGGGGCGGAUAAUCUCUAUCUUUUCGACCCGAAAGCCAUGCACCAUAUUCUUGUCAAGGAUCAGCACAUUUACGAAGAAACUGACUCUUUCAUCGAAGGAAAUAAAAUCAUGUUUGGUUCUGGAAUUUUCACGUCGUUGGGAGACGAACAUCGGAGACAUCGAAAAAUGCUCAAUCCCGUCUUCUCUAGCGCUCACAUGCGCCAUAUGGUCCCCAUAUUCUAUGAUGUUACACGGAAGGUGAAAAAUCUCCUAGUCGCCAAGACUCAGACAGGACCGCAAGAGAUUGACGUCGUAAGUUGGAUGACACGUCUUGCGAUGGAGAUUAUAGGUCAAAGUGGGCUUGGCUACACAUUCGACGACCUAACCGAAAAUGGUGUCCAACACGAGUACGUCGUUGUCUCUAAACGGUUGGUCACAAUGCAAGGAAACGAGUUCAUACGCGAUUUUGUAAUGCCCAAAAUAGCCAGAAUUGGGACUCGUUCGUUCCGAAAGUUCGUUGUCGACAUCAUGCCAUUUGCAGCCGUCAAAGAGAUGAAAAAUAUUAUUGAUGUGCUGUACCGAACUUCUGUGGAAAUCUUUGAAUCAAAGAAAGAGGCCAUUGCGAAGGGAGACGAAGCACUUGCAGCCCAGGUGGGAAAGGGAAAAGACAUCAUUAGCAUUCUGAUGAAAGCAAAUAUGCUGGCCGACGAAGGGGAGAAGCUUUCGGACGCCGAGGUCAUCGCUCAGAUAACGUCUUUGACAUUUGCGGCCACUGAUACAACCUCAGGUGCCCUGUCUCGAAUCUUACACCAGCUUGCCAUGCACCCGGAUGUUCAGGCUAAACUGCGUCAGGAAUUGAACGACGCGAGAAAGGCCAACGGAGCUGAAGACCUUGAUUACGAUCAACUUGUGUCCCUGCCAUUCUUGGAUGCAGUAUGCAGAGAAACGCUUCGCCUAUAUCCCCCAGUAUCUAUGGUUCAAAGAGUCACCCGUCAGGACGCCGUAUUGCCCCUGCUUAAUCCUAUCAAAGAUUGUAAUAACAACGAAAUCCGAGAAAUCCCCCUACCAAAAGGUACCACCGUACUUGUAUCAAUUCUCGCAUCAAACAGAGAUCCAAAUAUUUGGGGGCCGGACGCUCACGAGUGGAAACCCGAGAGAUGGCUUAACCCACUUCCCGAAAAUUUGAUUGCUGCCCAUGUCCCUGGUAUAUAUUCGCACUUAAUGACUUUCCUCGGCGGAGGAAGAUCCUGCAUCGGAUUCAAGUUUUCUCAAUUGGAAAUGAAGGCCGUCAUCUCUUUACUCUUACAAAACCUGGAGUUCUCUCUUGGGCGGAAAAAGAUUAUUUGGCAGAUGUUUGGAAUUGCUCAGCCCAACAUUGAUCCGGAUAGCGUGAAUCCAACUAUGCCCAUGAUGAUAUCAAGUGUUCAAUGUGAGGCAUAA